UGUCAGCGCUCUCCCACGGAGGCCCAGCCUUUGUAUCUGUGCUUAUCUUUCCCGAAGCUUUAAAGCACCGCUCUGGUUGAAUAUUACAACAAAAACUAUAGCAAGCAGUGGACGUGUUGGGAUUCCACCUCCACCCGUUCACUUCUGCACAUAAAGUGCCAGUAAUGAGUUAGUUACUCCAUGGCUGGACCCAGACCACCCCUCAGACGUGAUGGGCAUCACCCUCGUUUGCUGCUCCAUUACAGUGGCACUGCCGCUCCUGGUCUGGAUCAAAGUCCCCUGGUUCUAACAGAUCCAACCGCUUGUCCUCUGGGAACUCUGGGAGCAGCUUGAGUCGUCUGUUUCCAUGUCUCUCCACCUGCCCUCUCACGGGGUGAUACUUGAAGGGUUUUCAGAUCUUCUUGAGUGGCAUCAAGCUUGACCCCUAAAUCAUCCUAGUCCUGUUUAGCAUGAAUGUGAUUUGGAGAAACUGUAUUUGUCGUCUGGGACAAGGGAAGGCGCCGCACAGAUGCCAGAGUGCUGUCCACCCGGUGGCCCCUCUGGGGUCACGGAUUCUAACUGAUCCAGCCAAAGUUUUCGAGCACAACAUGUGGGAUCACAUGCAGUGGUCUGAAGAAGAAGAAGACGCAGCUAGAAAACAAGCAGAGGAAAACUCGGCCACACGAGUUGCUCCAGAAGAGCAAGUUAAGUUUGAACGCGAUGCUAAUAAAUACUGGAACACAUUUUACCAGACUCAUAAGAAUAAAUUUUUCAAGAAUCGCAACUGGCUGUUGAGGGAAUUUCCUGAAAUUCUUCCAGUUGAUCAAAACUCUAAAGAGAAAGUGGAAGGAUCAUCCUGGGAUCAAGUGGGAAGUAACUUCUCAAGUAUGCAGAGAACGGAAAUGGAUUGUCAAAAGAGCUGUGUCUCAUCAGCCCCUUGGAGCGAAGAAAGAUCUAACUUUCCCAACCAAGACUUGGAAGAACACAGCGAAGGGCCUGGGAAGACAGAGCACUUUCCUGGUAGUGAGGCCACUUUCCGAAUACUGGAGGUUGGCUGUGGUGCUGGAAAUUGUGUUUUUCCAAUCCUGAACACCUUGCGGAACAUUCCAGGAUCCUUUCUUUAUUGCUGUGAUUUUGCCUCUGAAGCGGUGGAACUUGUAAAGUCGCACGCGUCCUACAGUGAGGCCCACUGUUGUGUCUUCCUCCAUGAUGUGUGUGAUGACGGCUUGGCCUACCCCUUCCCGGACGGGAUCCUGGAUGUCGUUCUCCUCGUCUUUGUGCUCUCUUCUAUUCACCCUGACAGGAUGCAAGCUGUUGUUGACCGACUGUCCAGGCUGCUGAAGCCUGGGGGAAUGCUAUUAUUUCGGGAUCUUGGAAGAUAUGAUAAUGCUCAGCUGCGUUUUAAAAAAGGGCAUUGUUUAUCUGAAAAUUUUUAUGUCCGAGGAGAUGGUACGAGAGCCUAUUUCUUUACGAAAGGUAUGCUGCUCGCUCUAUCGCCCAGAUCAGUGAAGAGCUAUGAGGCUGCUCAGAUAAUCGCUUGCAGGGAGGUCCUCAGACGCUGCGAACACGCGGCCUCAGUGGUGACACCGGCCGUCUUCACGCCCUGGUGCUCACAGCGGUUCCACAGAAAAGGAUGCAGAUGGCCUCUGCCUCCUAAUCUUCCAGCUAAAAUUCCUUCUAAAGGGCCGCUUGCUCCACUCUUACGCUAGAGUGCAGGGUGCAGUUUGGGGAUAGUGUUAGCCUGGAUAUGGAAAGAAUUGAUAUUCUGCCCCAGCCAUGGGAGAAAAUUGGACUUUUCUAAGUCUAAAGAAAAUUAGUUCUCACUAGUCAAUUUCUUGACUUAAUCAAGUACUUCUGACAGCACCAAGUGGAUCCUGCAGCAAAGAGGUUCCCCAAACUUAAAGAACCUUGUAUAAUAUGUCAUUUUGGGUUGGAAAACAAAGGCUCAUGAAGGAGACAUGUUUUAAAAUACUGAAAGCUCCAGCCAUAGCUCAACUCACGAUAAUCUCCUAAUCCUGCUGGCCCUGUAAGCCUGUUCAUACUUGCAAUAUAUGGGGGACAUAAGAGAACCCCACUUGGUUUUGUGGGUUUUCUUCACCCAGCUGUGUAGUGCUUCUUGGUAUAAACAACUCAGAUGAACAGUCCUCCAUGGUGUCUUACUGGUCCUUACCUCCCCUCUCCCUUAUCACGUGUUAGAUCUUUGACAGCUACUUUUGUCUCAAAGGGGAAAUCCACCGCAUGUUCUGUGAGGCUGGAUUACAUGAAAAGCAAAACCUGGUUGAUCAUCGCUUGCAAGUUAACAGGAAAAAGCAGGUGGCAAUGCACCGAGUGUGGGUCCAGGGAAAGU